AUGGUCAAAUGGAAGUCGGUGCGCAAGGAGGUGCCCCAGCCCCGGCGGGCGAUGGAGAUCUUGCCCUCAGUCCAAUGCCAACCUCAACCCCGAGCCCAACCCUACCUUGAACCUCAACUCCAGCUUCAACCCCAAACUCAACCUCAAUCCAAACCCCAACCUCAA